AAAUUUUGUGUUUAAAUAUAUCGACCUCCUACGUAACCUUAAUGCCUUAAUUAUACUAGAGAUAAUCAUAAAAUCAAAAAUGGUAUAACUUUUGCCCUUUAAUUGUAACCAGCGUUGGAAAAAAAUUAACAAAUCAUGGCAAACAUUGAAAAUCUAUCACUACCACUAUUAUUUCCAACUAUAACAGAAAAGUGGUCAUGUCAGUCUUGGAAUUUUGAUUAUUUAUCAGAAAUUUUAGAUUCAAAAUUGUUUUCAUGCAGAGUUUCCGAAAAAUCAUGUGGGCAAAAAAUGGAGACACAUUAUGAUUAUCAUAUGAUCACAAUAAAACAGUUCAAUGAAUGGCUUCAUGAUGAUUCUCGAGAUGGACCAUUGGUAGAUUAUUGCAGAGAAAAGUAUUCUUGCUACAUUGAUUAUAAAUAUAUGAAAGAUAUGUUUUCAGACGUUCCUCACAUUUUCAAAGAAGUUCAAUGGAGAGAUUUUGGCUUACAAGAUUUUGAUGGCUAUGAUAGUACUAUUUGGUUAGGCAGUGAAGGUGCCAAUACUCCUGGCCACCAAGAUACAUAUGGAUUCAAUUUAGUAGUACAGAUCUAUGGCAGAAAAUUGUGGAUUUUAUUUCCUCCUGAAGACAGUCGAUAUUUGUACCCUACACGUAUUCCAUAUGAGGAAUCAAGCAUUUUCACAUUGGUCAACUUAAGAAAUCCAGAUCUCACUAAACAUCCCAAGUUCAAAUUCACUCAUCCAGUAAUAGUAGAACUGUGCCCAGGACAAACAUUGUAUGUACCUAGACAUUGGUGGCAUUAUGUUGAAUCUCUUGAACCAUCAAUAAGUGUUAACAUAUGGGUGCCAUUGAAAGUUGACUGUCAGAGUCAUGUUACAGAAGCUGUGACCCGUUGUCUUAUUACUGGUCUCUUGCCAACUCUGGAUUUAAGUGAAAAUAAUCUGAUGAAAGCUAAUUGGAUUAACCCAAAAGAGACUCUUGAUUCCAUGGAUGUAAACCUGGCAUAUCUAAACACGGCAUUGAGUUUAUUGAUGAAGAGCAAAAGGGAGAUAACUGAAAACAGACAUCAUGUAGUAGGGGAAAUAUUUGAAAGAAAAUUUCAAGAAACACCUAAAGAACAGAGUACAGAAUUUGAUAAAGAAAAUAGCAGUGCAGCUUCAUUGUGCCAAGAUCCUGAAGUACAACUACCUGGAAAAGAUUAUUUAAAAAUCUUGUACACCAAAUUAACAACUAUGUCUGUAAAGCAAGGCCCUAGUCCAUUUUGCUUGUGUUAUGGAAAUAAAAGCCACAUCAAAAGAAAGUCAUCUUCUAUAAGAUGUACUGCAAAAAUACAGAAACAAUCUCCCCAUCAAAUACCAAGUGAUGAGACUGAUAAAAAAGAAACCUUUGAUAAGAAUUCAGAAAUACUAGCAUUUGAAAUUCAUUGUGAUGCCAAACAGCAGUCUGAAAACAGUGACACAAAUUUAGAUGUUAGUGCAUUGCAGUGUGGAUCAAAGAGGGACCUGAGUGUUAUUUAUGCUUUGGGUUCAUGUUCUGUCAAAUCUUACUUAACAUUCGUACAUGACCUUUGUCAAAAAAGCAAUUGUCAAUGUCUAGCAGGCAGAGCUGAAGCAUCAAAUGUAGCCACUACAAACUCUUUAACAAAUCACUCACAUGGCAGUACUGCACCUCAGUUGGAAUUUCCUGACUUCUGGAAGGGAGAGCAGGAUUUACAAUCUAAAGAACCUCAGAUCAAUAGAGCCCAAACUUUCUCCUUGUUCCACAGUGAUUCCCAGACAGUAGAGACUGACCUGGUUAGUACGGAACAGAUAGAGACAAGAGUCAAGCAGUUGUUAGAUGAGCAGGACAUUGCAGAGAACUUACUUGCAUGUGUUUUACAGCCUGAUGUUGUUAACAUACUCUCUGAGAAACUUGUUGAAAUGUGUCUUGAAUCAAAUAAAUCCUAGGAAUAACCUGGUUUUGAAAACUAUUUAUAUAUUAUAGCUAAUUUUAAAAAACGUUUCCUGAUAGUUACAUAUGUUUAACUUUUGUAUGUUUAUCAUUGUUCCUGUAUACUUCUAGUACUAAAUGUAUAUACAAAAAUAUGUGAUUCAUUAUUUAGUAAAUCAAAAUUAAUUUAUA